CCACAGCUGCUAACCUUUCUGCCUAUCAUAUUUUAUUUUAUUUUUUUCGGGAAUGAUUCACCUUUUAGCCUACAUGUAGGCUGCUCUGUAAGUCUGUGCCUCCGCGAUAAGGAAGCACAUUCCCCUGAAACCAACUUUAUCUCCGAGUCAGCUGUGUCGUGUUCUGCAUCAACCCAAACUAGAACAACAACAAACACCUAAACCUUCACGGCACGACACGUCAAGGUCUUAAGACAAAAUGAAUCUGGAGGAAUACUUCAAAAGAAUUGGUUUCCAUGGCUCUUUUGACAAACCUGAUCUUGAAACAUUGAAGUUGAUUCACAAACAGCACGUCAUGACAGUCCCAUUUGAAAACCUCAGCAUGCACUGUGGUGAGAGGAUGGAAAUGGACCUCGAGGUGGUUUACAACAAGAUUGUGAGGUGCAAUCGUGGGGGGUGGUGUCUUGAGAACAACAACCUGUUUGGCUGGGUGCUGAGAGAAAUGGGCUAUAACUGCACAACACUUGUUGCCAGAGUUUUUAUGACGUCACUCAAAAAAUAUUCUCCCUAUGAGUCUCAUCUUAUCCAUAAGGUGGUAAUUGAUGGAAAGGCUUACAUAGCGGAUGUGAGUUUUGGUAUGUCCUCUCAACUACGGGAGCCCCUGGAGCUCAUCUCUGGGAAGGAGCAACCUCAGCCAUCUGGUGUCUUUCGUCUGAUAGACGAGGGAGACUUCUGGGUGCUGGAGAGGACCGGACGAAAACCCAAGAUUCUCAAUCCAGAGUUUGCCACAUCGAGUCUCAUCAACAGAUCAGACACAAACAUCACCUACCGCUUCACCCUGGAACCUCGUGAACCAGACAGUUUACUCAGUGCAAAUUACCAACUUCAAACAGAUCCAAACUCGCUGUUCAGCAAUAAAUCCAUCUGCUCUUUGCAGACACCCACAGGGUUCAAGGCCCUACUUGGGUGGACCUACAGUGAGGUCACCUUCAAACCUGAGGAAGGUGUUGAUUACUAUGACAUGAAGAACAUAAAAGAUGACGAGGUAGAUCAAAUCCUGAGAGAGAAGUUUAAUAUAAAGCUGCAGAAAAAACUGACGCCUGUAGGAAACAAGACAUGGUACACAUUGUAAAAUCCUGGCAUGCUUCUUAAAUGAUUUCACAACCUAUGAGGAUUUUAUCAUUGACCAGGCAGAGCAGCUUGCUGAAGAAGUCUCUAUUUUAAACUUCUACAGUGCUUUGAAUUAUUUUCAUUUUACAAUUAAUUAAUUUAGGUAUCUUUAACUAAUAUGUUAGCACUUUGAAUACCUCUGCACGAGUCACUGACACCACUAAAAAUAAGUUAUCUCUAACAUUUAGAUAUUUCAAAUGUUUGCAUAGAGGCACUGCAAAGACACGUUUCUUUUAACUGUUUCUCACAUCAUAUUAAGAGAGUUAAGGAGAGAGGAAGGAUAUUAGUGAUGGAAAGAUUCCAACAUAUGUGCUCAAUAUCAAAGUCAUGUAAUUCUAACUGUACUUCAUAUUUUUAUCUUCAAGAAUAUUUCCUGAAAAGUCCUCAUUUUGAAAAGUACAUACGUUUUUUGAGUUAUAGUAAAAGAUUGUUUCUAAAUAAGAGGUAGUAAGUUUGAGAGGAAACCCACCUGAAUGAUACCAAAGAAGAGUGAGAUGUUUCUGAUCCGGGAAUAGCCCUGUGUUCUGUCUGAUAUAAAAGCCUGCUUUAUGUGUUAUAGCAUUAAGUCAGUGUUUGGGGUGUUGGUGAGUUGGAUGAAAUGUUUUAUAAUUUGUGUCUUGGGUCAGUAUCAAAAUAUCUUGAGUUAGUAAUGCAUUUAACAGAUGUCCCAUCAAAUAUGAAAGCGUAAUUAACCCCUUUGUUUUCUAUUUAAACCACCCCACAUAAAAAGAUGUUUGAAAUGAUAUUUAUGCUUUUUAUGCACCAGUUAGCUCUGAGCAAGUUAUCUUAUUGGAGAAGAGGCAUUCCAUGAGUGCUGAUAUAGAGUACAACAGCAGUGGGACUUUUCACUUUGUGUCAUAACUUUGGUUGGCUGAAUACUCAAAGUUUUAUUGACUUUACAAUUGUUUAAUUUUUGGCUUUUAUUUUGUCUUAUUCAAAUGUUACUGAUUGAAUAGAUUUUACUGACUUUUAUUUUACAAUUGUGCUUUUUUAAAAAUACAUUUAGUCAAUUAUUAUUAAUAUUUUAACUGUUGCUGUCAGUGUCUCUUUUUGUAUCUAUCUGUGAGAGAUUCCAUUUAAACAAAGUUGAGUUGAGUUGACUAGAAGCAUACAGAUAUCCAUACAUACAUAAAUCAAAUGUUUGCUGAGAGGCAUGGACCCAAACAGAGUAGAAGGAGAGUUGAAGGUGUGCAGGAAAAAUGCUUUUGUUACUUGGCAACAGUCCAGUCCCUGACAUACAUUGAACAUCAGCACACAAUGUUUGACAGUUAUACUUUGUAAAAUUGCUUACACAAAUGUACUCUGCUAAAGUUCAAGUAAUUUGUUAAGAAGUGUCAGAUAUGUGUCUGUAAGUUCCAUCUGCAGAUGUGCACUCACUGAUAUAUCAAAGAGUGAUGUGUGAAUAAUGUGUGAUUUUGAAAAUCUUUUACUGCUUAAAUCACAUAGGAUCCUAUGACUUUGUAAGAGGGCUGGUGAAGGAUGGUUCAUGAAACUGAAGAAAUAUAAACUGCAAUUCCACAUCAACACUGAAUUGGGACCUGGCUUUGGUUUAAUUGUUUGCAUUUGUAAUGUAUUGGCCUCCUAUUAUUAGGAAACAGCGUAAUAAAAAAACACCUUUGAACAAGUCCUACUACAGUCAUGUACUAGAACCAAUGAGUAGUUAAAGUGUUCAUAUGAUAAGACAGUAAACUAAGAUUUAAUCUUACACUGUUUGUAGCAUGAAAUCAUUGAAAUAAAGUAGAUAAAAGAC